AUGGGAGACAAUGGAAGAUACUACGUUCCGAAAGAGCUGCUGCCCGUCUACAGAGAUAUCAUUGUUCCACUGGCCAAUGUGCUGACGCCGAACGCUUUUGAGCUAGGAGAAUUGGUUGGGUUCGAAAUUUUCACUGAAGAGGAUUGUAUUCGGGGUAUGGACAUUAUCCAUGAUCUUGGGGUUAGUAACGUCGUUGUGACAAGUGGAGUAUCAGAGACCGAAACUGCUGAUACACUCACAUGCUAUGCCAGCACCAGAGAUGCCACCGGGAACGUGCGUCGGUUCCGAUUCCGUUUCCCACGCUUACGAGGGCAAUUCGUUGGAACUGGUGACGUGUUCACAUCACUCUUGACUGUAUGGUUAUCAAAUUGCGAGAAUGACGUUUGUGAUGCUGUCGGACACGUGCUGGGAUCUAUGCAAGGCCUAAUAAGGAGAACUAGUAACUAUGCACAAGCCCAAGUUGAUUCAAACUCAAGGAAAACCUGUGAGUUGCGACUGGUCGAAUCGCGCAUGGACCUGUUGGUACCGGAAUGCGUUUUUCCCGGUGAACCUUUAUGA